UUGCAAUUCGCGAGAAAACCUAUCCCACCUUUCGCAAAUUUCGUGGUGAGGUCCAUAGUCGCAGGCGUCUGUUCUACAAAUUUCGAUCAACAGACGCGCGCGCAGAAAUCUCUCCAUUUGCAAUUGCUCGUAUGAAGUCACGGAUCUGAGGCGCAUGACUUGAGUCAACAUUUUUUCGAUCGAUAAGUUUACUAUAUUUGUGAGAUCGUGAAUAUGCUUAUCGUGGAGACUUUUACACAGACAAUAUGUUCAAAUGUAUACAUGUGAGCGACACACAUGUGAUCUAGUCAUGAAUUGAACCACGUACUUGUGUGUAUAGAUAUCCUGUGAAUCUGCAAAUAUGAAUUAGGAAACUCGAAAAUUCCAAAUACUGACAAUCAUCUUGGUAUGCUCCUUGAAACUCGAAUUGAGUCCACGAAUAGAAAGCCGCCAUGCAGAACAGCACGCGAAAUGUUCUCCAAUGACGUGCCUCGGCCUAAGGCCGUCCCCCACUAUAAACUCAUCGCGACCCUCGCAUUCAUCAUAGAUUAUCGCACUUCGAACACGACUUUACCUCGAACAUAAUCGCGACAAUAACCACAUUGCGGAGCAAAGAGUGGUCGAAAGUCAGCGCCAAUGCCCCAAACACGCGGUCAGACCAAGUCCGCCGAAGACAUGGAAGCCCUCAAAAUCUUCUUUUCAUCACCACGUUUCGCAGUGGCAGGGGCCAGCUCGAACCCCAGCAAGUUCGGCCAUCGAAUAUUCGCCUGGUAUCUUCAUCACAACCUUCCAGCUACACCCCUUAACCCAGGAAGCCCCUCUAUCACUGUUCCAUCUAUAUCCCAAGAUGCUAUUCCAACAGUAGCUUCCCCUUCUGCGCUCUCGGAUCCAUCAUCGUAUUCUUUAUCUGUGAUCACGCCGCCAGCUGUCACUAAGAAAUUGCUGGUCGAGGCAAAGGAAGUCGGGAUUCCUGCCGUGUUCCUCCAGCCUGGAAGCUUCGAUGACGAAGCGUUGGAGUACGCGAGGAAACAAUUCAAAGCGGCUAUUGCGGGAGAUGGUGGGGACGGACACGAGGGUUGGUGUGUGCUUGUCGAUGGAGAAACGGGUUUGAAGGCCGCGGGGAGAGAGUGGUCCAGACUUUGAUGUAUGUUGAUAAUGGAUUGCGAACGAUCUCCAUUAUAUAGAGAUAUGUGCUUGAUUGGGCAUGUUAAUGGCGUAGGGACGAAUUGUGAUGCAUCGGAUGCCGCUCGAUCAACGCUAGAUAACCCG